AUGAUGGAAAGAAUUACCUAUAGUGAGUCUCAACUCGAGACUUACUACAACCGCAUCAACUUCCCCAAAUCGGAACGAAAAUACAACGUCCAAAACGAUGACCAACUCGAUUUUCUUUUCACACUUACAAGAGCGCAACUCCUCGCGGUUCCAUUUGAGAAUCUCACGCUUCACUACUCGUGGCAUAAGAUCGUCGACGUAAACGCGGACCAUCUUUUCAACAAGAUUGUUAACGAGAGACGAGGCGGCUACUGCAUGGAAAACAACUCCUUUUUCCAUACAGUUCUUGUAUCUCUGGGUUACGAAGUCUACAUGGUCGCUGCGAGGGUCUUCAGUCCUGAUGCGAAGAGAUAUGGCGGGAUAACACAUUGUCUCAACGUUGUUACCAUCGGAGGAAAGUCUUACGCUGUUGAUGUUGGAUUUGGAGCGCGGACACCGACUGUGCCCAUGGAACUUAUGGAUGGGAAGACUUUCCAAAGGUCUGAUGCUGGGGAGAUGAGGUUCAUAUACGACACGAUUCCUCAGUAUCUCAGCAAGCAAAAAGUCUGGAUCUACGAAUUUCGAUCUAGCCACGAGGGCGAGUGGACCCCGCAGUGGUGCUUCAUAGACCAUGAGGUUCUGCCGGAUGAUAUUCGCGUUAUGAAUAUGUCUCCAUCGAAGAGUCCCUCCAGUUUCUUUACCUUCAGAAUCAUGGCUGUACAGUUUACAUCUGCGGCAGAGGAUUGUUCGAAUAUGGAGACCAGAAAUUUGAGUAAGACUGAUGGUGAGAUUGAUGGCAGUGUGUUUAUCGAUGGGAAUGUUAUGAAGUAUAGAAAGAAGGGCGAGGUCAAGAUGGAAAAGACUUUUGCGAAUGAGGAUGAGAGGGUGGAGGUAUUGAGGAAGUACUUUGGCGUUGAGCUUAAGGAUGAGGAUAUAAGGGCUAUUAGGGGAACUGCUGGUGCUAUUCCAUAG